AUGGGCCAUUGUCUUAGCUGCUUCAAAAACCAAACAAAUGCUGAUGUAGUAACAUCAACUCCAAGGCAGAAAGAUGAGAUAAUGGAAAUUGUCUCAAAUAAUCAAGUGCCUACUGUCAUGAUAUCUGAUUAUCCUCAAGAAGAACCACUUUUACACAACAAUGAGAAUAGCAUAAAUUGUUAUAGAAAUAAUAGCCAUAUAAGUAAUGCAAAUGCUUUGAAUUCUGUAAAUGACAAUUGCUCAGGAGAUAUUGUACAAAAAAUGAACACCAGUAAUUCUAAAUUACCAAAACCUUUCUACCAGAAGUUGCCCUCAAUUCCACGAAGCAUGUCUUCCCUAGGAUCUAAUGAGUCUCGUAUUUCAGAAUCAAAGAUUAAUCAGUUAUUUGAACUCUACAAAGAUAAUUCAGACGAUUCUAUUCUUGCAGACGGAAUUGAAAACCUUUGUAAUGAUCUGCAGUUAAAUCCAGAUGAUUUUAAAGUAUUGUUACUUGCAUGGAAAUUAAAUGCUAGUCAAAUGUGUAGAUUCACUAAAAGUGAAUUUGUCCAAGGUUUAAAAAGUAUGAAAACAGAUUCCAUCAAGGGUAUUCAACAAAAACUAAAUGACAUCAGUCAUGAAAUAAUAAGGGAUACAGAGCAAUUUAAAGACUUAUACAGAUUUACAUUUAAGUUUGGUUUGGAUGUAAGUACAGGCCAGAGAAUACUACCUGCAGAUAUUGCUGUACUGCUUUGGCGCUUAGUCUUCACAAACAAUGAACCACCAAUAUUAGAUAGAUGGUUGGCUUAUCUGGAGAAAAAUCCUCACAUAAGAGGGAUUCCUAAGGAUACUUGGUAUAUGUUUCUUAACUUCUGUGAAUUUGUAGGAGAAGAUCUGAGUAGUUAUGAUGAUACUGAAGCUUGGCCUAGUUUAUUUGAUGAUUUUGUGGAAUAUGAGAAUGAUCAAAUGAAUCAAAAUAUAUCUAAAACAGAAAUCAAAAUUCAGGAU